GUUUAGUCUAUGCGAAUAUCACUGGCACUUUUCUCCACGGCUCGAGCACUACUUCGCGCUGAAAAGGGAGCUGCCUUCCUUGCCGCCGUCGAUGCGCGACUGACAGCUCAUCGGUCGGGCGAUGGUGUAGGUGGAGAUCAACGUGCUGGCUACUGGGAUGGAAUCUCUCGAGCUGCACAUGUGGUCGAGAAAAGGCGACACGAUAUUGGGAUAAUCAAGUCAUUCAUCGCAGAAUCGAAGGAUGCCGAUUUGCGAGAAAUAGCGGAGGAAGAUCGACAGGAAGCUGAGGACGCUUUAGCUUUGGCCGAGGAAGAAUUGGUGGACAGCAUCGUACCAUUGACAGAGCUAGAUGUGCUCAAUAAAUGCCAAAUAGAGUUUACAAGUGGUGCUGGUGGACAAGAAGCAAUGCUCUUCACCGGCGAACUGUUACAAAUGUACUCGAAAUACACAGAAUGGCGAGGGUGGAAGUGGACCCCUCUUCAAAUGCAAGAUUCGGAUCUUGGUGGGAUACGUUCCGCAGUGAUUGCAGUUGAAGGCGAGAGAGCUUAUGCUGCUUUGAGAUUUGAAGCUGGAGUACAUCGAGUACAGCGGAUUCCGCUGACAGACAAAUCAAGAAUGCAUACCAGCACAGCUAGCAUAUCGGUUUUGCCUGAACCGGAGGAGGUGUCCGUGGUGGUUCCAAAUGAUUCUGUUAAAAUUGAGACAAUGAGAGCAUCAGGACCUGGCGGUCAAAAUGUCAACAAGAGGUCUACAGCUGUUCGGAUUACCCAUAAAGAAUCCGGAAUCGCGGUUCAUUGCAUGGAUGAACGAUUUCAGCAUCUUAACAUACAGAUUGCUUUCAAAAGGCUAGCAGCUAUCCUGAUGCAGAAAAGAGUCGACGAAGUUAGCGAGAAGUUCACGUCGGAUCGAAAGCUACAGGUCGGAUCCAAAGCUCGUGCUGAGAAGAUUCGAACAUACAAUUUUCAACACGAUAGGGUUACCGAUCAUAGGCUACAAUUACAGAUAACAAAUGUCGAAGAGUUUAUGCGCGGUCAGGAUUCCCUAGACCAUGUGAUUCGGAAACUCGGUGAAAUGUAUAAGCACGAAAGAUUGAAGCAAAUUCUUGAACACUGUAUCCUGGAUUGAAUGAUGGAAGACGACAGACGUUUAAUAUGGUGCCUUUGCGGUGGUGACAACAUUUGCGCGUAAGCAAAUGCAUUGCAUGUAAAUCAAGAACUUGUUCGCCAUUCCCGCGUAAGAGACGGCCAUAGAACGCACACACUUUGUCCACGCACAAAUGUUGUCGGCAAUCGCAACACUAUUUUGUAGGUUUACUAGACAUGUAUCUUCAAAUAAAUUAGGUGUUAGCUGAUUUAGGAUGAAUUUUUGACUCCAAGUUUUUUUUGCGAUAAGGUGCGACUUCUACCUGAUUAUGCUAUUUUGAUCUUUGUUCUUUGUUGAGAUUCAUACUUCCCAUAAUGAGAAAAUUGUUAUGUUCAGAUCACUUCCUUCUCAUUUGCUCUUUUCAUAAAACGGGUGCAGCAAAAAGUUUUGACC